AUGAAGCAGGAUCAGAUGGAGGUGAGGGUAGGUCGGUCUUGGGCUUAUCUCGCCAUUCCAUACCCGAACCUCCGCUGGGCCCCUUCACUCCAGGAUGAAAGCAGAAGCAAGCCCGUGGCAGACAAACUGAGACACGGUCCCAGAGGCAGGGACAGGCCUCGUGUGAGCCUGCGAGAGAGGGGCGCUGGUCAGGUGCUCUUAAGCCCUCCCGCACGGGAAUCCCGGACACACAAGACACCUCCGUGGGCCACACAGGCUGAGGGCGACACACAGGCUGAGGGCGACACACAGGCUGAGCGCGACACACAGGCUGAGGGCGACACACAGGCUGAGGGCGACACACAGGCUGAGGGCGACACACAGGCUGAGCGCGACACACAGGCUGAGGGCGACACACAGGCUGAGGGCGACACACAGGCUGAGCGCGACACACAGGCUGAGGGCGACACACAGGCUGAGGGCGACACACAGGCUGAGCGCGACACACAGGCUGAGGGCGACACACAGGCUGAGGGCGACACACAGGCUGAGCGCGACACACAGGCUGAGGGCGACACACAGGCUGAGGGCGACACACAGGCUGAGCGCGACACACAGGCUGAGGGCGACACACAGGCUGAGGGCGACACACAGGCUGAGCGCGACACACAGGCUGAGGGCGACACACAGGCUGAGGGCGACACACAGGCUGAGGGCGACACACAGGCUGAGCGCGACACACAGGCUGAGCGCGACACACAGGCUGAGCGCGACACACAGGCUGAGGCCCUAGCUGAGGGCGACACACAGGCUGAGGGCGACACACAGGCUGAGGGCGACACACAGGCUGAGCGCGACACACAGGCUGAGCGCGACACACAGGCUGAGCGCGACACACAGGCUGAGCGCGACACACAGGCUGAGCGCGACACACAGGCUGAGGGCGACACACAGGCUGAGCGUGACACACACAGGCUGAGGGCGACACACAGGCUGAGGGCGACACACACACACACAGGCUGA